AGGUGCGUUUGUUUACUUUUGGAAACAAUUUGUUAUUGUGUUGCGCAUGAAUAGAAACGAUUCUUCUCCAGUUACACAUCUAUUCCGUCCUAUUUGUUUUUAACCGACCAUUGCCAUUGCCAAAUGCUAUUGAAAUACAAUGGAUAAAUCAUCCUAUGCGGCGAAACGUCGGCAAGAUAAGGUUCACAAGAAGCCUCCUCCGCCGAAACCGGCAAAGCAAAAGAGCAGUCAAAAGGCGCCUGAAGUACAACAUACGGCACCACUCGUCGUUUGUGAUGAUCGGUAUGGUAAGCGGCAGCUUCAACAAAACAGAAAUGUAGAUCAGGGUCUAUCGCCUAGCGACAGUGAUUCAGACGACGGACAGCUGCACGCACCAGAUUUUGAAAAGCUGCUCGAACUUCCACCAUCAAGUGCGAAUCAUUUUCUUCUAAGCUCGGAAAAACGUUGGCUUCACCCGGAUACGGAUCUACCGGGAGAGGAUGAACAGAAUCGCUACAGUGAGUACUUUCGAAUCGAUACCAAACUGUUGAACGCUAGCCUUGGGUGUAUCCCGUUUUACGAACGCCACGGCUAUGAUCAAGGACUGUUUAGCACACUGGAGCUAAACUUGAUGCGACAGAAGGCAGAUAGUCAUACGAACAAAUUCCAACAAACGUACGCGGAUCAACUCCCUUCACAAACACCGUCUGGACCGAUUUCACGCAAGAAGGAAAACAUGCCUCCACCAAAGAAACCUCAACCGCCACCAUGUUUCGUUGGUGCAUUUGCAAAACCGGUGGACGAUUCAUCUGCAAAGAGUCCGCAAACGAAGUAUGUGCCGGAAAAAGAUUCGACUAACGCAAUGGAAACAAAAAUGAGGAAGCUUGCAGUUGAUCCAGAACCGAGUAAAAUUGUCACCAACGUUGUAGCACCUACUGUGCCGGCUGUACAAACAGUUACAACAACGAAACAACCUGCCAGUACAUCGAAAGAUACGAAGGAAGAAAUACAACAGUGGUUGGAUGAUAUUUUGGAUAUUUAAUAAAGCGAAAGGAUAUUUCUACUGUUGCACAA